AUGACACUCGCGACUCUGCUUCGUCCCUCAAAGUCCAAAGCUGGUGUCCACGAUCUCGGCGGUAUUCCCGUUCUCACUGCCUGGACCUUCUUCACGAAACGAUACGACUUUCUCCGGAAGCAUUUCAACUCUGGGAAGAAGUAUUUCCAGUUUCGCGUUCUUCAGCACCGAGUCAUUGCGUUGUCGGGAGAGGAAGCACGAAAGAUGUUCUUCGUUGAACAAGGUCUCAGCCUUGGUGAAGGAUACCGGAUCUUAAUGGGCGCAGCACCUUACCUUGAGGAUAUCAACGUCAAGCCCGAGGAUGGCGAGAUCCAAGACGGCGAUUUUACCGAAUCUUGGAUGGUACGAAUCUGUAAGUCGCCAGGUCAUAAAACUAACAUCCUUUAUCUAGUCCUACCCGCUCUUUUCGAAGAUGUCAAUCGCCGAAUGAAAGACUGGGGUAACGAGGGCAGGAUCAAUCCUUUCAAGGAGAUCUACGACCUCGUUUUUCAAAUGACGGUACGCAUGGCGACAUGCCAGGAACUAGCCGAGAAUAAGGACGAUAUCGAACGUCUCACCCAGCAUUAUUGGGAUCUUGAGAAGAGCGCAACGCCUGUGGCUUUAUUGUUGCCAUGGUUCCCUAGUCGAGCGAAGAAAGCUCAGAAAAAUUCCACAAGAGCGCUGUUCACUUUGUUGUACAAGUACGUCGAUUUGAGACGCAAGGCACCUGUUCCAUCUAGUGACCCCAUCGACACUCUCAUCGCUUACGGUGAUAAUAAUGAAGCGAUCGUUGGCUUCAUUAUGGGUGUCAUUUUUGCAGGCGUGAUAAAUACUGGCGCAAAAUCCUGUUGGAUCCUCCUCAACCUUGGUGCCAACCCCGAGUGGAAAUCUAAAGUGACGGAAGAGUUGAAAACUCUCGUAACGAACCACACGAACACACUAUCCAAAGAGCCGCUCCACAAACGACUCGCCGCAAUCCCUUUGAGUGCAUGGGAAGAGGAAUUACCAGCGCUAGAUCUCGUCAUUCGCGAGACUAUCCGAAUUGCUGCGUCUGGCGCAGCUUUACGUCGAAAUCUCGGCAAAGACAUUCUUCUGGCGGAUACUACUAUUAAGAGAGGCGACUUCCUCACCUAUUCUUUAUCCGACGUUCACUUGAACGCGAAUAUCUAUGCCGACCCCACCAAGUUCGAUCCUGGGAGGUUCACAAAGGGGAAAGAGGACAACCAGAAAGAAACAUACACUUAUCUCGGGUGGGGCGUCGGCCGACAUCCCUGUGCUGGAAUGAGGAUCGCAAAAUUGGAGAUGAAGCUCAUCCUCGCUAUGUUCCUUGUCGGUUAUGAGUAUGAAUUAGUGGAUAGCAGAGGCAACUUCCCUAAAGAACUCCCACUCCAAGAUCGGAAUGAUAUCCAGCAGGUACGGAGUGCUCCCAUGACUUUCCUUCGUGGCUUGAUGGGUAUUUCAACUAGUCGAGGCCGCUGGGCGACCCUUGUUAUCUGA